AUGGCAUAUCACAUACCUCUAAAGGACAAACAGUCACCGAUUGUGAUUGUGGGUGCAGGAAUCUUUGGCCUCAGCAGUGCCAUCCAUCUAGCCAAGAGAGGAUUCACAGAUAUCACGGUCUUUGACCGACAGCCAUACCAUAAGACACACUACGACUUCGACAAAGGCUGUGAUGCGGCCUCUGCAGAUUGUAACAAGAUCAUCCGUGCUGCGUACGGUGACGAGGUGUGGUACCAGAAUUUGACCCUCAAGGCGAUCGAGGUUUGGGAAUCAUGGAACCGGUCUCUCGCAGAAGGAACGAUAUUGCCGCCCGGCAUGACAAGCAAAGAUCGGAUCUAUGUCAACUGUGGCAAUUAUCAUUUCGGGGACGAAACUAAUGGUCUCAACCACUUCGAGAAGCGGUCGGUGGACAGCAUUACGAAAGCUGGUCAAGGCCAUACACAGUACCUGCUGUAUUCUGGUCCAAAGGAGGUGGCACGCGCCAGGGCGAAUGGGUUUAGCUACGCGGUGGAUCCAUUCCGUCUCUCCAAAGAUGGAGAUCAUCAGGGCUAUCUGGAUAUGAUCGGUGGAUUUGUUUAUGCUGACAAAGCUUGCACCUAUGCCCUCCAUCUAGCCAAGGGGUUGGGUGUGAAACUGGUCCUGGAUAGGCAGGCGGGCAGCUUUGAAGGCUUCCUAGAAGAUCCGUCAGGUAAGGUGGUUGGCAUCAAGACGGCCGACGGCAAACCGCACAAGGCCGCGGCGACGAUUGUUGCGUGUGGAGGCUGGACACCCAGUCUGGUCCCCGAGAUCGAUGGCCUCUGCGAGACCACGGCCGGAUCCAUCGCCAUGAUCCAGAUCCCGGAAGGAUCUCCCCUGCGGGAACGUUUCUCACCGGGCCAGUUUCCCGUGUUCCAGUGGAAUACGCGGGCCGGGGAAAAUGGCAAUCUAUACGGAUUUCCGCUGGAUAGCCGCGGCGUGAUGAAGAUCGGGUACAGAGGGACCAAGUAUACGAAUCCACAACAGGCCCAGUCGGGUCAAGUGCGCAGUGUACCCAUCACCAAGUGGACCUCGCCGUUCAUUACCGGGUUGCCGGAGAAGUCCGUCCAUGUCGUUCAGAGCUUUCUGGACAAGUAUCUUCCCGAGUUGAAGCAGAGUGGGAUCGGAAUCUCGCAAACCAGACUGUGCUGGUACACGGACUCGUUUGAUAACAAUUGGGUGAUUGAUAGCAUCCCAGGCAAGGAAGGGGUCAUUGUGGCUACCGGUGGCAGUGGUCACGCUUUCAAGUUCCUACCUUUACUGGGUGAGUUCGUCGCCGACAAGGUGAUGGGGAUCGAGUCAGACAUGCUGCGCAGAUUUCAGUGGCGGAAACUACCGCAUGGGGAAACCCCUCGUAAUCAGCUCAUGAAGGGUUUCAAUGAUGCAAAUGCUCUCCACCGAGUGCGGAUGGUGCCGGACCACAGCGGCCAGUAUGGCUCCAAACUCUAG